AUGGCCGAGUACAUCUGGAUCGAUGCUGACGGCGAGACCCGCUCCAAGUCGAGGACGCUCAAGGAGAAGGAAUACACCCCCGAGGACCUUCCUAUGUGGAACUUCGACGGUUCCUCCACCAACCAGGCCCCUGGCGACAACUCUGACGUCUACCUGAAGCCCGUUGCCGUCUUCCCCGACCCCUUCCGUGGAUCCCCCAACAUCCUCGUCCUCGCCGAGUGCUGGAACGCCGACGGCACCCCCAACAAGUACAACUACAGACAUGAGUGCGCCAAGCUGAUGGAGGCUCACGCCGCCCACGAGCCUUGGUUCGGUCUGGAGCAGGAGUACACUCUGCUUGACCUCAGCAACCGCCCCUUCGGCUGGCCUGCUAACGGCUUCCCCGCCCCCAGGGCCCCUACUACUGCGCGCGACAUCGUCGAUGCCCACUACAAGGCCUGCUUGUACUCCGGCGUCAAGAUCUCUGGCACCAACGCCGAGGUCAUGCCCGCCCAGUGGGAGUUCCAGGUCGGCCCCUGCGUCGGCAUUGAGAUGGGUGACCACCUCUGGCUCGCCCGCUUCCUCCUGGCCCGCAUCGCCGAGGAGUUCGGCGCCAAGGUCUCCGUCGAGCCCAAGCCCAUCCCCGGUGACUGGAACGGUGCCGGCCUGCACUCCAACUUCUCCACCAAGGAGAUGCGUGUUGAGGGUGGCAUGAAGCACAUUGAGGCUGCCAUCAAGAAGCUCGAGGGCCGCCACAAGGAGCACAUCGCCGUCUACGGCGAGGGCAACGAGAAGCGUCUCACUGGCCGCCACGAGACGGGCUCCAUCGACCAGUUCUCUUACGGAGUCGCCAACCGUGGUGCCUCGAUCCGCAUCCCCAGAGAGUGCGCCGCCAAGGGCUACGGCUACUUUGAGGACCGCCGUCCCGCCUCGAACGCCGACCCUUACAGAAUUACUGGUAUUAUGAUGGAGACUAUUUUCGGUUCCGUCGCGUAA